GGCAUGUCCAGCCUCAACACCUCUGAAACUAAAAUCUCAAUUUUCUAUUUGGUUGGGAUUCCAGGUAUUGAGUCUGCCAACAUUUGGAUUGCUAUCCUCAUAUGUCUCAUGUACAUCAUUGCUAUACUGGGAAAUUGCACCAUCUUAUUUUUCAUAAAAACAGAGCCUUCUUUGCAUGAGCCUAUGUACUAUUUUCUCUCCAUGUUGGCUCUCUCUGACCUGGGACUAUCCCUUUCCUCUCUUCCUACCAUGCUAAAAAUUUUCCUGUUCAAUAUUCCAGGAAUUUCCCCUGAUGCCUGCAUUGCCCAAGAGUUUUUCAUUCAUGUAUUCUCAGCUAUGGAGUCAUCUAUACUUCUCAUAAUGUCCUUUGACCGCUUUAUUGCCAUCUGCAAACCUCUGAGAUAUACCUCCAUUCUUACUAGUGCCAGAGUCAUUCAAGUUGGGCUUGUUUUAUCUCUAAAAAAUGUGUUGUUGGUCCUCCCUUUUCCCUUCACCCUAAAACAUCUUAGAUACUGUAAGAAGAAUCUUCUGUCCCAUUCCUACUGCCUCCAUCAAGAUGUCAUGAAACUGGCAUGCUCUGACAACAAGGUCAAUGUUAUGUAUGGCUUAUGUGUGGCUCUUACAGGCAUCCUAGAUUUAACAUUUAUUGUCAUGUCCUACAUGCUGAUACUGAAAGCAGUGUUGAGCAUAGCAUCACAAAAGGAAAAGCUCAAGGUCCUCAAUACAUGUGUUUCUCACAUCUGUGCUGUACUCAUCUUUUAUGUGCCCAUUAUCUGUCUAGCAGUCAUCCACCGGUUUGCCAAACACUCUUCCCCAAUCAUUAAGAUCCUCAUGGCAGAUGUUUUUCUGCUGGUGCCUCCAUUGAUGAACCCCAUAGUAUACUGUGUGAAGAGCCAGCAGAUAAGAAAUCUGGUUUUAAGAAAACUGUGCCAGAAGCAAAGAUGA